AGACUGACUGACUGUCAGUGCCAUUGGGUUUCCUUUUCCGCCCAACACUUGUACUCUACUCUACAAUACUAUUGAAUCGUUUAAUAGUUUUUUUUGAUUAAUGCUUUGAGAGUCAGUCGGUCUUCUGUCGGCAUUAUAUACUGUAUAAUAAAAAUCCAAUUGAUUUGAAUUGUCCAACAAAUCAAGUAAUCAUUUGUUUUUUGUUGACCACAAACCUAUCGCCAGAUAUUAUUCAGUAUGCCAAUCGACGCGGUAUCGUUUGCUAAAGAUUUCAUCGCCGGUGGUGUGUCUGCGGCCAUCUCUAAGACAGCGGUUGCGCCCAUCGAGAGAGUCAAACUGCUUCUUCAGGUACAACACGCCUCCAAACAGAUAGAGGAAAGCAAAAGAUAUAAAGGUAUUAUCGAUGCAUUCGUGCGAAUUCCCAAAGAACAGGGAAUAAUGUCAUACUGGAGGGGAAAUCUGGCGAAUGUUAUCCGAUAUUUCCCGACUCAGGCCCUCAACUUUGCAUUCAAAGACAAGUAUAAACAGGUAUUCUUGGGAGGCGUCGACAAAAAGACUCAAUUCUGGCGAUGGUUUGUGGGAAACUUGGCUUCUGGUGGAGCAGCCGGUGCCACAUCACUGUGUUUUGUAUAUCCACUUGAUUUUGCCCGAACCCGUUUGGCCGCUGAUAUCGGCAAAACAAGCGAACGACAGUUCAAAGGUUUAGGCGAUUGUUUAGCUAAAGUGUAUAAAUCUGACGGUUUGAUUGGUCUCUACAGAGGUUUCAAUGUCUCUGUUCAAGGUAUAAUCAUCUACAGAGCGGCAUAUUUUGGUUUCUUUGACACAGCGAAGGGUAUGCUUCCGGACCCGAAAAACACACCGAUAGUCAUCUCAUGGCUUAUCGCUCAAUGUGUGACCACUGUUUCGGGUAUAAUCUCGUAUCCAUUCGAUACAGUCAGACGACGAAUGAUGAUGCAGUCGGGACUGGCGGCCAAUGAGAGGAUGUAUAAGAAUACUAUUCAUUGUUGGGGUAAAAUCGCCAAAACGGAGGGCUCGAAGGCCUUCUUUAAGGGCGCCCUCUCUAACGUAUUCAGGGGUACCGGCGGUGCGUUUGUGUUAGUACUCUAUGACGAGAUCAAAGCAUUGUUAUAAUAGGCGUUAAUUAAAAAUUUUAGCAUUAAUUAUAAUUGUCUCGCAAUACUAUAAACUGGGAAACUAUUUACAUAAUUGAAAAACUUCUUUCUAGACUUAGGUUUUUAAACAUAAAAAUUAAUUAAUUAAUAAUUACUCAGCAAAUCAUUGUUUUUAAAAAAUACACUAAAAAGGUAUUUAUAUAUUGGGUUUAGAAUAUCAAUCUCUCGACACAUAAUUAGAUAACUCUUUCACCAAAUAUUUUAAAAUUUAAAUCAUGUUUUUAGUUACAAUUAAAAUAAAUAUUUUUUUUAUUUAUAGUAAUUUACAAUAAUUAUAAUUAGAGCUAAAUGUAAUGUAACUGAUGAAUGAAAACAACAACUUUAAUAGUGAAAAUCAAUAAAAAUUGAAAAAU